CGGUGGAUCACAGACCCGUCAGCCGAGCGUCUUACAUCACAUUUCCGUCUUCAGUAAUUUCUUGUCACUCGUCCUUACUCCCCUAAAAAAAUCUGAUUCGAACUGGAUCCAUUUUCGAAUCUAAACGAUACUGAAAGCACCCGUUUUUAUUUUUUUGUCCCUUUGUCUAGACUUUAUUUAUUUAUUUAUUUUUAAAUCGUGGAUUUCCGCGAUAAAACGGAACUAUUAAAGUACACACGGUGUUCCGAACGGACAGUCAAUAUUGGUGCACCAAAUUUUACCAUGAGCUAGGUCUUGGAUAGUGAUUUUUUCCCUACUUAUUUUGAUUUACUUUACCAUUUAAUGUACUCCAGGUACGCUUGGUUACUUUGUGUAUAUUGUCUAUUUGUCAUGUAUUUAACUGUACGUGAAACGUGUUUUGAUUAAAAGUGCAUGCCGAGGAAAAGAAACACAAGAAGACGCGAGUCCACCAGAGGCCGAAUCCUAAACGGCUGCGCACUUCCUGCAGAUGCAGCACUGCAGCACUUCGGCUCCAUUUCACUGGCAGCACAGCGACAACUCCUUCGCUUUCAACUUUUCCCCAGCGAUCACUCCAUCCUUGCCCCAAAGCAUCAUGGAUCCAAACAAGUCGUGUCCAAGACACGCGGCGGACUCAGAUGCCAGUUCAGGUUUCGCUUUCAACUUCCAGAUCCCUGCAGGAGCGGAGCAGAAGAGUGACCCAGAAGCUCACACAGGGAAAACGGUGAUGAGUGAAGCGGCUCAAGGCUUGGAGUCGACUGUGGAUUCAAAACCUAAAUCCAAAAAGAAGAAGAAGAAGAAGUCUGGAGCGGGUGGACGAGAGGAAGCUGUGAAUAAAACGAGAGAGGAAGCGCCCAAGCAGGGGAGCACGGAACUGACUCCAGAGCAGCAGCUGAGUCGAGAACUGGACUGGUGUAUUGAGCAGCUGGAGUUGGGACUGAGGACUCAAAAAUCCUCCACUAAACAAAGAGAGGAAGCCUCUCUUGCUCUAAAGACUCUGCGCAGCUCCAAAGCACCGAUAGUGAAGAAGAGGCAGGUAAUGAGAGCCGUGUCUGGAGAUUACCGCAAAAAGAUGGAGGAGGACAGAGAAAGACAGUACAAACUGAUCCGCUCAGCGAUGUCCACAGCCAAGGUGACGUGUGUGUCAGAGCCUCGUUGUAGAGGAGUGUAUCACCGGCACGCUGAGACUCUCAAACUUCCAGCACGCAGCACAGACCCGAGUGAGGCUUCACUACCUGCUGAGCAGACAGACGGAGCUGGGUUUGUGUUCAGACCUUCAGGAGAGGAGUUUCGCUUCAACUUCAAACUUUGAAAAUCUUCACUGGGGGAAAAACACAAACUCUGUGUGACUUAAAAAAGUGUUUCUUUUUUUUUUAAUAUAAAAUGAGGUGUAUGUCAUUCUGACGUUGUUCAAUAAACAUUCAAAAUCC